UUGUGUUCUUUUGUGAGAAUAGGUGGGAAAAUGAGUAUUUUAUUUUCGAACUAUUUGAAAUCAGUAUAUUUAAUAUACUUAAGUUUUAUUGUGUAUAAUUAUUCUCGAACUAAUUAUUGACUGCAUAAAAUUAAACAUAAAAUAAUCAACCGUUAAAGUAUAAAUGGAAAACUAACAAUUUUCGUUCAAUUUUGUACGGUUGAUUAUUUCAAACCCAAUUUUUCGCAUUAAAAAAUUGGUUCGGAAAUAAUUUUGCGCAAACAAUACUUAGAUAUAAAAUGUGCUGAUUUCAAAUAUUUGAAGAAUAAAAACAUAUAUUUUUAUUUUGAGUUUUUAAAUAAAAAUCAAUCAUUUUCAAAAAUUUGAGUUAAGAAAAUUUAUCAAGUUGGAUGAAUAUAAAUUAUUUAUUUAUUUUGUACUCAAUUUCUCAAUGUGUAUAAGCUUUUAUUAUGAUUUACAUAAGGUUUUUUUAUCACUAUAGUUUUUUUGUAAAACCUUAUACAGACAUAUAUAUCGGUCAUAAUACAAACUAUAUGUAGACAUAUAAGACUGAUAAUAUUAGAUGUUUUCCAGUACUUACAUAUAACAUAAAUGUGUACAAGCUUUCACAAUUUAAAUAUUUAUCUUCAAAAUUAACAAAAUUAAAGUAAAAUCACUUUUAUAGAUUGUUAUGGAUCUCAGAUUUAGACAAUCUAUGGUGUGCAUUAGAAACAUCUCUAAUUGGUUUCUUUGAUAAAUUUUCUUAACUCUAUUUUUAAAAAAUUGACUGGUACAUUGAUUUAGAAAUUCAAAACAAAAAGAUAUAUAGCUUUUUAUUUUGCAACCGUUUGAAAUCAUCACAUUUAAUAUCUAAGUAUUAUUUGCGAGAAGUUUUGAAAUAGUUAACCGUUAACAGUCAACAAUUAAUUUGGAAAUAAUUUUGCGUAAUCAAUAUUUGUGUAUUAAAUGUUUUGAUUUUAAAUAGUUGAGGAAUAAAAUAUCAUUUUCCCAGAGAAUAAGUUGAUCUUUAUUGUUUCUUAAUUAUUUCGAUGCAUUGUAGUAAAAUCAAUAUUAUAACACUUUCUAAACUCGUAUAAGUUGUUGAUAAGUCAUCCAUACUUGUUUGAUACACUUCAAAAUGUCUGACAUUCGUUAUUAUUAUUAUUAUUAUAUAAAAUAGUUAAAUUAAUUGUUCAACGAUAGACCUAAUUAUAAAUACAAAAUAUUAUCGAGCAAAGUUAUACUAAUUUCCAGUGACCAGUACUAAUGUUACAAUCCUGUUCGAAAACGCCGAUAAAUCGGCCGAUUACACAGCGCUUAAACGUUGUUCGACAGUAAACCAUGGCGGAUUGAACUAACUCGCUCAAAAAUUCAGAUUUUCCAAAAAGAAUUGUUUUUACUAAAUUACGAGGUUAAUAUCAUGUGUAUGGUUGAAACCGUAUUAAAAUUGAACAAACUUACAAGAAAAGAGGUCAAAGUGGCGUGAAUCUUGAAAAAAAUGAUAAGAAGCAGAAAUUAGGAUUUACAUGUCGUAGUGGUGAAGUUUAAGAUAAGAGCAUUUCCGUAAAUUUUCAGUCAUUAAAAAUAAAAAUAGAAAAAUAAAGCAAAAACAACCACUCCUCUGUUCGAACCAACAACUUCAUAGCACAAGUUAAGCACACAAACUACUAGACUACACUACAACUACAGUAUUUACUUACAAAUAUUAAUAUAUAUAAUAAAAACAUUUAAAAUUAAUUUCCGAUCAAUCUCCGAUUUUUUUCUCAAUUCGCUAGGUCUGAACCAGCAGUACGCGUUACGCGUAGCGCGAUCCCGAACAGGGAUUACAAUCAGGGCCUCCCUGAACACGACGAGUUGAGCUUAGGUCUUGGAUCCCCAAAUCUUUUGGGCCCCCAUUUUUUUUUAAAAAUAUUAAUUUUAUAUUUUUAAAGAUUUACGAUACAAAAAAAGGUUAUUGAAUAAAGUUAGAAACUUGUCAUAACAAAAAUAUCAUCAUUUCAAUGAGGCUAAUAAAAAAUAAAAAAAAGAGAUAUUAGUUUUGAUCACCAUAAUUUGAAUUUCUUCUCAUUUUCAAAUUUUUUAUGUUUCUAUAUGAGUUCCUUUUUUUUUGGCUUGUGGUCCGCCGCCCUUGAUUACAAUAUUUUUUGUAAAAAAAAGGUCAAAAAAUGAUAUUUACUAAUUUGUUACAAUAACUAUACAAAUUUUCAUAUGUUUUAUAUAGCAUUGCAUAUGUUUUCAUAAUGAUAUACAUACUAUAUAUGAUAGACAUAUGAUAAUUCCAUAUGAUACCCCAAGAAGGCCAAAAAGCAGCACAUCGGCGAAAGUGAUCAUGUCAUCGACGAAAACAAUUAUCUUGAUCGCUAUAGAUUUUUAACCUUAUUAAAUCAACAACUUGAUAUUUUACUGGAUUUUUAUUUUUAGAUCCGAUGGCUACUUUUCUAGGUGUACAAUUUGUAACCAGUGCACAACAACUUUUGAACAAAAAAAAACGGAUUUAAAGUUGUUGAUAUGUCAUGUAAUUUAAUAAUUUUUGGCAUUUAUUUAUUUAUUUAUACAGAGAAGCUGUCAAAUCUGCCUCCAUGUCGUAAUUACUAAAAUUUAUUUAUUUUAAAUUAAUAGACGUUUUAACUUUUCAUACCUACUAAAAAUAAUUUAAAACUUUAUUUAUAAAUAAAUCAUAAUUAAGCAGCACAUCAGCGAAAGAGAAAAUCAUGUCACCCAUAAACACAAUUAUUGCCAUCUCCGUCGUCAUCGCAGCCGCAUCUCUUAUCAGAAACUUCUCAUCUCCUUCCGACAAUACUUUUCUUUACUACCACCAUUGUACGCAACCAAACUACUUUCGAGGAUCGUCUUUUUUCUCCAAGUACCUUCCCGGAUCAUCUUACGACUCAAAUGUCAACACGCUACUCACCUCGAUCGUAAACUCAGCUAAUGUCUUUACAUACAACCAUUUCACUGUCGGAACCUACGGCAAAACCGUCCACGGGAUGCACCACUGCCGCAGCGACCUCUCCACACGUUCCGAUGAUUGCGCUAGAUGCGUCGCGCAAGCUGCUCGCAUACUACAAAAUUACCAAAUCAAGUUAAUGCAAUCACAACUUUGUUCCUGUAAUUUUGGUCAAACAAUGUCCAUCUUCAGAAAUGAUUCUUCCUCCAUUAGUCACCCACCUGUUAAACCUUUUUACUUCAGCAAGUUGAUCUUUAUUGUUACUAAAUUAUUUCGAUUCCUCAUGAUAUAGUAUUAUAACAGUUCUAAAAUCGUGCAAGUUGUUGAAAGUCAUGCAUACUUGUUUGAUACUCCAGAUGUUUGACAUUUGUUAUUAUAGACCUAAUGAAGUAAAUAUUGAAUAUUAUCAACAAAGUUAUACUCCCUCUUUUUAAAAAGUUGUAUCGUUUUUUUUGGCGUUUCACAUAUUGAAACAAUAUAUUAAUAUUAUAAAUGCAUAAAUUUAUGGUUAUUUAUGUCUAAUUAUUUAAAUAUAAUGGUAUUUCAGUAAUUAAAAUCAGCAUUUUCAAAAUUUAUAAUUUAAUAUUAUUAAUUAAAAAAAUUAUAUACGAACUUUAAACAUAUAUCUUAUUUAAAAUAUUUUUUUUUUUAAUUUUAAUCUUUCAGAAAUAGAGGAAAUAUUAAUUUUCAGUGUGUUUAAUUAAAACUAAUGUUAUGGUGAGAUUUUGUAAUAUAUUAAUUUAUAUAGAAAACCCCUCAUGGAUGGAUAGUUUGUUUUUUUGAAAUUUCUCAUGGAGGGAUAGUUACCAACUAGUUAGAUUAAUUAAGCAGUUUCCAUAUAUUUUAUACAAUCUAAAACUCUGUUGCGAAUGUUUUCAUAAUGAUAUACCGAGCAUAAGGAGCUGCCUACCAGUUAUAUAAUGAUGUAUUUAUGUGUUUCAUAUAUUUUAUGAAUUAAUAAUCGAUUGCUAAUGUUUCUUUCAUUGACAUAUAUUAUACACACUGAGCAUAAAGAGAUGCCUGCCACUUUUAUCAAGUUUUCAUAUGUUUUUAUAACCUUUCCUUGGUACGAAUGUUAUAUUUUAUAUAGCCAUAUAAAGUUAUGCAAAUGCUUCAUAAUGAUAAAUGUCUAAUGCAUAUAUUAAUUCACCGAGCAUAAAGAGAUGCCUGCCACUUUAUCAUGUUUUCAUAUAUUUGUAUAACCUUUUCUGGUACGAAUGCUAAGAAUAUUUUAUAUAUUAUAACCUAAUAACGUAUUGCAAAUGCUUCAUAAUGAUAUAUGUAUAUGCAUAUAUUAACGCACCGAACAUAAAGAGAUGCCUGCCACUUUAUCAAUUUUUCAUAUAUUUUAUGUAACCGAAUAACGUAUUGCAAAGACUUCACUAAGGAUAUAUGUCUCAACGCACUGAGCAUAUAGAAUUGCCUGCCCCUUUCUCAUGCAUACAUACUCAUAUUUUGUGAUACAGACAUAUACACCCAAAGGCCAAAAGGUAACACAUCGGCGAAAGUGAUCAUGUCAGCGACAAUAGCAAUUAUCUCGAUCUCCGUCGUCAUCGCAGCCGUAUAUCUUCUCACAAAUUUUGCAUUUCCCACCGUAGAGCCGUUAGUCUACUACCACUACUGCUCUCCACCAAAGUACUUUCCAGGAUCGUCUUCCAGGUCAAAUGUCGACUCGCUACUCAACAUGUUCGUAAACUCAGCUUCUAUCUACUCAUACAACAACCUCACCGUCAACGGAAACUACGGGCUACACCAGUGCCGGGGUGAUCUCUCCUCCAAUGAGUGCGUUAGUUGUGUCACGCAAGCUGUUAGCCUGCUCCGAAGUGACAGCUUUGGUGAGAGCGGCUGCGCUUUACAGCUCGAAGGCUGCUUAGUGAAGUACGAUAACGUUAUGUUCUUUGGAGUGGCGGAUACGACGGCUAUGGUUAUGAGUUGCGGAAAACCGGCUGGGUAUAAGUAUAAGUCGGACGAGUUGACUCAGGCUAAGGUGUUGGUGGACGUGGUUGCAAGUAGUGGUACGUCCUACAGAGUGGAGAGGUCAGGGAAAGCGCAAGCUGUAGCGCAGUGCACCGGAGAUCUCAGUGCAACGGAUUGUCAAGACUGUUUGAUGGAAGCGAUCCAACGGCUGAAACUUCAACCGUUUUGCGGAACAAGCACUUGGAGUGACGUUUACUUAGCCAAGUGCUACGUUGGUUACUCGUCAAGUGGAUCCAUCGGCCAAGAGUUUAAGAAAGGGAUACGGGCUAAGCACGUGGCCACCCAAAGGAACCUCUUUUAUCAGAAGACAUCAUAUGUACUAUCUAAACUUAAAUCACUAUUGACCUACGUUUUGUAUUUUUUUGCUAUUGUUAUGUUAAAAAUAGUGUAUGAUCUUUUUCUCUCGUGAAUAUAAAACUGAGCAGAAUUGACGAAAAAUUCUUACUAUUAUUCUCAAAAUUUUAUUUCAACUAGUGAUUUAUCUUUGAGCUGUUUUAAUUAGUUAAUAUGUGAGUUUAUAUAGAAAAGUUUGGAUCAAAUGGAUAAUUAAGAAAAUAACUUAUACAUCCUAUCCAUAUUAAGUUAAGAUAUGCUAUUUUUUUUUUUGCAUAUUCGUAUUAUGAGCAACCGUGUGAAUGAUCUCGGCUUUGAUGUUAUGAAAGCUUAUGUCGAAUAAGAUCUUUACAAUGCGAACAUGGCUAUUUGAAGAAAGAUUAGAUAAUUCAUAACGUUAAAUAUUUAAAUUAAAAUUUGGAAAUUUUUUCACAAAUUUGAUAUCACUUUCUAAUUUAUCUUUAAAAGACCAGUUUUGUAAAUAUUUUAAGUUUUGAAAGAAAAACUAAACUAACCAUCCUAAAUUAUUUAUAAAAGAAUGUUUAUACUUGUCUAUUUCCAAAUCUCCAAAGGGAACUCUUCCAUAUGACAUACUACAAGUCUACAACAAGAGGAGUUGAAUGUAAUUCACAGCUUUUAUUGUUGUCCUAUUGCCAAACUAAAAACCAUGAUUAGAGUUUAAUCUUUUAAAGCUGUUGUGGUUUUAAUUUAUUUUAAAGUUUAAUUUUCUCCCAGCACACUUUAACCCUCUAAUAAUUUCAAAAGCAUUAAUUCUUUAACUUUUAAACAGCCCAUUUAUUUAUAUACUCACACUAAAAAAAAUGAUUGUUUAACAUCAGUUAUUUUAAAUAUUUGCAUCAGUGUUAAAUGAUGUAAAAUAAAUUUGCAUCACUUAUUUAAAUGACUCUGAAAGUGAUGAUACAAAUAAUUUGCAUCAUUUUGUUAAUAAUUGAUGCAAAAAUGACAACUAUUUGCAUCAAUUAUUUAAAUGAUAUCAAUAUAUAUCAAUUCUAUGAAAUGAUAUUAACAUUUAUGUCAAUUUUGUAAGUGAUGUAAUACUACUUCUCUCAAUUUUCAUUUAAAGUAAUUAUUAUAGUUUUUUAAGUUGCAUUCAUAACGUUGUUGUACUUUUGGUAGAACAAUAUCCAUCUCCAUUUCGAUCCUUCCUCCAUUAGCAUCACCUCUCUAACCUUUUAUUAAAUCAGAAACUUGAUAUUUUAAUUUGAUUAUUAUUUUUUUAGUUCCGAUGACUACUUUUGUAGUUGAAACACUUUCAUAAUCGUGUAAGUUGGUGAGAUGUCAUGUAAUUUAAUAAUUUUCUGAAAAUUAUUUAUUUACUUAUAUAGAAAAGCCACCAAAGAAUAACGAGUUGCUUGCCAUUAUCUCAUAAUUACUUAAAUAUUUUCUAAAACACUCGAAAGCAGCACAUUAGCGAAAGAGAACGUCAUGUCACCGAUAAACACAAUUAUUGCCAUCUCCGUCGUCAUCGCAGCCGCAUCUCUUAUCAGAAACUUCUCAUCUCCUUCCGACAAUACUUUUCUUUACUACCACCAUUGUACGCAACCAAACUACUUUCGAGGAUCGUCUUUUUGCUCCAAGUACCUUCCCGGAUCAUCUUACGACUCAAAUGUCAACUCGCUACUCACCUCGCUCGUAAACUCAGCUAAUAUCUUUACAUACGACCAUUUCACUGUCGGAACCUACGGCAAAACCGUCCACGGGAUGCACCACUGCCGCAGCGACCUCUCCACACGUUCCGAUGAUUGCGCUAGAUGCGUCGCGCAAGCUGCUCGCAUACUACAAAGUCUCUGCGGGGGCGCGUCCGGCGGCGCGUUGCUGCUUGAAGGUUGUUUCGUGGAGUAUAAGAACACUAAGUUCCUAGGCGUGGCGAAUAAGACGUUGCUGGCUAGGAUAUGCGGGACACCGUGGGGGUAUAGCCCGGACGAGUUGACUAAGACCAGUAAGAUGGUGAGUUUCGUAGUGGACGCCGAUAGCGUACCUUACAGAGCUUCGAUAGGAGAGGUGAUAUCUUGCAUAUUUCUAUUGUUUUAUCCAUUCAUCCAUGUGUAUUUUGAUCAUAUAGAUUAGGAUUUAGCCAUGUUUAGGUUGCAUUUUGCAUACAUGAGUCCUUAUCAGGUAUUGGAGUACCACAUGGAGUUCUUGGAGACACUUGGAGGCAUUUGGAGCUCAAAAAGGAGUGUUUAGAAUGGUCAUUGGGCGAGCAAGGCAUGGGAGCGACCAGUCCGGAGCGACACAGCGAGGUCGCUCUGAUCACCCUACUGGAGCGACCUAACCAGAGCGACAGGGAGAAGUCGCUCGCGGUUUCAUCACUCGGAGAUGCGAGAACAAGCCCGGAGCGACCUCUCGGAGCGACACAGCGAGGUCGCUCCAGCUGGGAGCGACGUUAUGGGAGCGACAGGGAGAAGUCGCUCGCGGUUUCAUCACCCGGAGACGCGAGAACGAGCCCGGAGCGACCUCUCGCAGCGACACAGCGAGGUCGCUCCCGAAGCCUGGAGCGACUUGUCGGAGCGACGGGCUGAGGAGCCUUGAAAACUCCUAACAUCAAGAGGGAGCGCAAGCUGUGGCUCAGUGUACUGGAGAUCUUAGUGCGAGUGACUGUAACGACUGUUUGAAGGAAGCGAACAAACAGCUGAAGUCGUUGUGUGGAAUAACUGCUUGGGGUGAAGUGCACUUAGCCAAGUGUUACGUGCGUUACUGGUCGCGUGGAGCCACUGGCCACGCGUAUAAGAAAACGUUACCGGGUAUGACGCCAGCCCAACUCAGGGACGGAACCAAGAGUUUUUAUCACCGAGGGCAACAAUUUUUAGUAUAUAAAUUUCAGUCAUUAUUGAUAUACACUUUUUAUGUUUCUUUUGUUCUAUCUCUAUUUUAUUUGUUGUGGGACUAUAUAAAUGGAUAAUUUAUAAUAGAACUGUUUAGUCUCAACAUUUAAUCUAUUUUUGUCUCAUUUUAAAAAUCAUCUCACCCAAGUUACCUGUUCUUCGCAUUUUACCAAUAAGUUUGAGGAACCACAGAGAUGGAAGAAAUGGUUCUCCAUGCCUCGCUGUCAAUCCUGCGCUGGAAGAUGUACCAUUGUCAGUUAAAAAAAAAUUGUAUUUUUGUUUACCUCAUACUAAACUCAAAUAGCUUUAGCCUUCGAAUUAUUCGAGUUUUUCUAGGAUUGGGACCAAAUUGCUUUAAAAACUAGUUUAAGAAAGUAAAAGUAAAUCUAGGAUGUGUGGUUACUCUAAAACAAUUAUACUUGCCACUAAGAUUCACCUUUAUAAAAAAUAAUCCAUCGCAUUAACAUUGAUACAAAUGUAACUCUAACAACUAUCAAUACAAACAUAACCCAAAAUAUGUACUCGAGAUAGAGAAUAAAAUGUUUCCCUUCAAAACAUAUCUUCUUAAACCCCCAUGCUCCAAGUAUUCUGCAUAUGCAUUAACAUGGCUUUUCCUUCUGCAUCAAUGCUAUUCCCAUAGUUUCGUUUAUACCAAAUCUUAUCUCAAUCUAACAACAAUUACUGCUCCAUUUCAAUCAUCUUGAAUUGAGAUUCUUCCACAAUCAGCCUCUCUAGCUUACUUGAAGUGAUUGAAAUUUGAAACAUAAGUCUUAAGAUGCUUAAAGUUAAAACACUUAGCAGUGUCAAAAGAUUAUACAUCAAAGGGAGACAUCAUGGGGAAGCGGUUAGUAUCUUUGUUGCAAGAUUGAACACAUGAAUGAAAAUAACAACGCAAGAAACCAAUCAAGAGGGGAGAAACCACAUGGCAACCUUGAGUCUGAAGUUGGAGGAGAGACCGGGGACGCGUUUGAUGGUCUUUGUUGCAAGUUUGUACACACAUACGUCGAUGCAUGUAGUUAAACGUUUCGUGUGACUGAAACGGCGGUCGUUACGGGUGAAGUAGAUGGAGCUUGGCUCAAUACCAAGGGUGUGGUCAGCAGGCACGGUGAUACCCAAAUCAAAAAACAAAGCCUCAUCACCUAUAGAAUCCACCUUAACAAGCCAUGUAUCUAAGGUUCCCGGGUCUAGAUCUUUAGCAUCCCUUUUGUACAGACGAAAGAUCCUAGGCUUUCCAGAGGCUGGCUCGUAAGCUCUGGUAUAGAGAAACAAAACCUCUCCU